UCCAGUUGAGCUGAGCGGAGCGCGGAGAGCUAGAGCGCGACUUACUUAGUCAUAAGCCUACGACCUAAACUAAGGCUAAAGUGAGUCCUUGAAUAGGCGAUAACACUCUACCUGACCACGUGCUCGGCGUGUAUCGCCGCCGAAAAGCCAGCGAAACGAACGUUUUGUUGAUUUGUCGCUCAUACUGUCAUAGCAGCACUUGGACAAAUAAUUUCGAGCGAUAGCUCUUCUCUCGGUUUCAAGCUGUUGUUCACCAAAGUGGCAAAGAGAGUAAGAGCGAGUGAGACUGGAGAAUCAUACUGUGACGACCGUCGCUAGUGCUCUGCAGCUGCUGAUGAUUCUCUUCGUAUUCGGACGAAAAUUGUACGGCAGUCACCACAAGCUAGCUAGAGUUGUGACUGUGAGAUUUACAGCAGAUCUACAUAAGUCAUUGUAACUCGCAUUCGUUAGGUCGGACUGGGAUCAGGCAGCAGGUGUAAGUGCUAGGCGCAGUGACGCGCGUGAAUGUGUUACCUCAUUCGGGUACCCACUUAUAGCUUUGCUGGAGUGUAAAAACAGCGAUGAGAGGAGACGAUGACAGAGCAUCAUCCGGCUCCUACGGAUAUCGGACAUUGAUGCCUCGAAUGAGCAUACGCAAAGAUGACGAUUGCUGCACUGGUCGAUGCUGCAAAGCCAGUUGCUUGAUCGUGACUUCGGUGCUAGUCUUCGCGGUGGGACUAACGGUUAUCAUCGACUUGCCGGAUUACAUCAACCAUGAGCUGAAGCAGACAUUGGAAGUAUGCGAGGGCUGUACCAGUUAUUCAACGUGGCUGGCACCAACCGAGCCAGUCUACAUGUCCUUCUUUGUCUUCAACGUCACUAACCCUGAUGAUGUGCUUGACGGAGACCGGCCCAAUGUUGAGACAUUCGGUCCUUUCACGUAUCAGGAGCUGAGACCGCGCAAGAAUGUCACAUUCAUGAAGAACGGCACCGUCAAGUGGAUACAACCGAAAACCUACAUCCCAUUGAACACGUCAUUUGCAGAUCCUAACACAUUCGAAGUGUGUACAAUCAAUUUCCCGAUCAUGUUUCUCGGAUCCAUGUUGGAUCCUCUUCUAGCCAAGCUCGCUAUCUUACCAAAGAAAGUGCAGAAAUUGGUGCUAGAACUUCCCAAGAUCCUCGCUGCACUCUCCGGAGAAGAUACCAUUAUCUGCCGGACAGUGAACGAAAUCCUUUGGGGUCUGUAUGACCCUGUGUUUGAGCGUAUCCGCUGGGCAUGCUUGAAUGAGGGACAGGCGCUAUACAACACCGCUCAUGACAUCCUGGACAAUGUGUUACGCAACGCUAUACUGUUUAUAGCCAAUGGCCUCUUGUCCGUAGGCAACUUGAUUCCGGAAGGUGGCAUCAUAUCCUUGCAGGUGAAUGGAUCAGAUGAUGGUACAUGGGCCACAUACACUGGUGAGACCGACAUGCAGCUAAUCAACACACUGGAUCUGUACAACAACUCCAGGUAUGUGCCAUGGUGGAAGACCGACACCUGUAACAUGGUCAAUGGAACUGAUGGCACUCAAUUCCAUCCGCACGUCAAGAAGACAGACAUGCUCUUCAGCUUUGUGACGGAUAUGUGUCGGUCCAUCUAUCUCAUUUACAACGGCACAGUGGAGUUGAAGGGCAUUGAGUUGAGUCGCUUCACACCGCCACCGGCUCUGUUUGACAACGGCACCGUGUUUGAGUAUCUGAAAGGUUUCUGUAACCCUCGCUGCUGGCCUUCAGGGACACAGGAUAUCAGUCUCUGCAAAGGAGGUCUACCGAUCAUGGCGUCAUCACCUCACUUCCUCUAUGCUGAUCCGGUCUAUCUGGAGAACGUCACUGGGAUGAAUCCUAACUUUCAGGACCAUGCCACUAUCGUCGAUAUAGAGCCGAUGACUGGGCUGAUGUUGCGAGGCAACAAGAGACUGCAAAUCAACGUCCGUGUUUCCAACAUAUCUUUCCUGCCGGGAGGCUAUGCACUACGAGAAUGCUUUCUACCAUUGUUCUAUGCCAACGAGUCAGCCGUUGUGUCGGAUGCUCAUGCAGCCAAACUGCGCAACACACUCAAGCCACUGAGCAUCAUAAAGAUUCUGCAAUGGUGCUUCCUCGCAGUAGGAAUUGUUGUAUUUACUCCGACGGUGAUCUACAAUGUACGGCGAUAUCGCCGGGAAAACGAGGCUAUUGACGUACCAGAAGGGCAGUGCACAGAGAAUGUACCACUGCUCAACUAACACACGCUCAUGAACAUUGGGACGGCAUGGACAGAACGUCUGCCCGACGUGUACCCGGUCCUGAUCUACAUUCGGAUGCACAAGGCACCUAAGAACAUUAGGAGGUGUGUCCGUGCAGGCAUAUCAUCCAGCGUUGUCAACUUAUACUGCUAGCCUACUUACAAUGGAACUGGUCGCUCAGCAUGCAUUGUACCAAGAUUCUGAUAGUUUCUCCCGGUAGUGUUACAUGUGCCAGCAAUGGCUACAUUGUAUGUACACGGGAAGCAGAGUCGAGAUUACUGAAGGGUUUCUGAUAACACACUGUAUUAAAUCAACGCAGCAGUUUGCCAGCAUCAGAUUGUGUGUCCGCGGACAUUCUUGAUAUGAAACGUUUUAUAAAAGAAAGUGAAGAAUUCUGAGAGUACGCCUACUUUAUCUAGUAAUAUCUACAGAAUAUCCAGCAAAGGCAUUCCAUGUUGCACAAUUUUCAAAUUUUUCUUCCUCAUUGUUAAUUAACAGCAAGCUUUCGCUGCUGUCACUGCUUUCACACAGCAGUAUCUUCACUAUGUUUGCUGGGAAUGAUCUCACAUUUGAUCUUUUAGUACUUUAUUACAAUUUGAUUCCUUUUCGGGCGUGUUCCCAAAUCAGAUGUCAUCGUCAUCCA